CGCUAAAAGAAGGUGACCUGGUGGCUGGUUUUUCUUUGGAUAUCACCUUCUUAAAGGGGACUUCUGUGACUCCUGUCCCCUGUUUGACAGAGCAGCCACCCAUUCAUUCUCCCCCCACCCUAUGGUCCAUGUUGGCUGAUCUGUAUGUUUCUUUUGGGUCCCUCGCCAUUUGCUAUCAGAACACUGGUGACAAGUCUGCAAGAGAAAAGCAGAGACAGAAGGAUUGACUUUUGAAGAUUCAUGUUUGGUGAGGAAGAACCCCAGAUCAGAAGGAAGAGGAAAGAGGAGGAGUCUGGAAUGGCUCUUACUCAGGGAUGCUUGACAUUCAGGGAUGUGGCCAUAGAACUCUCUCAGGAGGAAUGGAAGUUCCUGGACUCUGCUCAGAGGGCUUUGUACAGGGCUGUGAUGUUGGAGAACUACAAGAACCUGGUCUCCCUGGGACUCUUGCUUCCUAACCUGACGAUUCUCUCCACAUUGGAGGAAGGAAUAGAGCCCUGGCCUGUGGAGACUGAAGUGAAAAUGCCAAGAAAUUCAAACUGGGGGAAAUGUAUCAAAGGUGUGCACUCAGGGAGGAGCUGUGUAUUAGACGUGGAAGCAAAAUGCAAACCUAUUAAAAAUCAACUUAGAUUAAGCUUUCAUUCCCACCUUCCUGAACAGCAACUAUUUCAAAAUGAAGAGAAAAUUGAUGAAUGCAAUGAAGUUGAAAACUCUCUCAACCAUAUCACCUCAUAUUCAACACUUGAAAACACUCCUUCUAAGCUUAAAACCCACGUAUUUAAUAAAUAUCAGAAUGAUUUUGUCAGUUCUCCAAUAGUCACGCAAAAGCUGAAUGCACAAAUUAGGGAAGAACCUUACACAUAUAAUGAGGGUGUCUUGAGUGUGUCUUCAAGUCCUCCAAGCCAUGGGGUAGUUCAUACUGGAAAGAGACCUAUGAAAUGUAAAGAGUGUGGCAAGACGUUUAGGAAAAAUGCAGAGUUUGUGCAUCAUUGGCGAAUCCAUACUGGAGAGAAACCUUACAGAUGUAAAGACUGUGGGAGAGCAUUUCGUCUGCCUUCAAGGCUUUAUGGACAUCAGGCUAUCCAUAAUGGAAAUAAACCUUACAAAUGUGAGAUGUGUGGCAAGGUUUUUAGGCGAAAUGCACAUUUAGUAAGGCAUCGGAGAAUUCAUACUGGAGAGAAACCUUACAAGUGUAAUGAAUGUGGUAAGGCCUUCAGUGAGAAGACAUCACUUACAAUUCAUCAAAAAACACACACUGGAGAGAAGCCUUACGAAUGCAAUGAGUGUGGCAAAGUCUUCCGUCACAAAUCAAACCUUAAAACUCAUCAAACAAUCCAUUUGGGAGAGAAACCUUACAAGUGUAAUGAAUGUGGCAAGGUCUUUAGUCAUAAAAUAUCUCUCACAGUUCAUCAGAAAACACAUACUGAAGAGAAACCUUACAAAUGCAAUGAGUGUGGCAAAGUCUUCCGUCACAAAUCAAACCUUAAAACUCAUCACACAAUCCAUUUGGGAGAGAAACCUUACAAGUGUAAUGAAUGUGGCAAGGCCUUCAGACAGAAGAUAUUCCUUACUGGUCAUCAAAAAAUACAUUCUGGAGAGAAACCUUACAAAUGCAAUGAGUGCAGCAAGGCCUUCAGAGAAAAGACAUCCCUUACAUGUCAUCAGCGAAUUCAUACUGGAGAGAAACCAUACGAGUGUAAUGAAUGUGACAAGGCCUUCAGAGAAAAGACAUCCCUUACCCGUCAUCAGCGAAUUCAUACUGGACAGAAACCAUACAAAUGCAGUGAGUGUGGCAAGGUCUUCUGUCAACAGUCAACUCUUAUAACUCAUCACAAAAUUCAUACUGGAGAGAAACCUUACAAAUGUAGUGAAUGUGACAAGGCCUUUAGGCAGAAGAUAUCCCUUACAGUUCAUCAGAAAACACACACUGGAGAGAAACCUUACAAAUGUAAUGAAUGUGACAAGGCCUUCAGUCAGAAGAUAUCCCUUGCAGUUCAUCAGAAAACACAUACUGGAGAGAAACCUUACAAAUGCAAUGAGUGUGGGAAAGUUUUUACUCGCAAAAGAUACCUUAUACAACAUCAGGGCAUUCAUACAGGAGAGAAGCCUUACAAAUGCAAUGACUGUGGGAAAAAUGUUAUGUUGCAUUCGAACCUUCAUAUACAUCAGGUUAUCCAUAAUGCAAAUAAACCCUACAAAUGUGAUGACUGCAGUAAGGUUUUUAGGCACAAAGUAUCCUUAAGAGUUCAUCUCAGGUCAGGCUCGGUGGCUCAUGCCUGUAAUCCCAGCACUUUGGGAGGCCAAGGAGGGCGGAUUGCUUGAGCUCAGGAGUUGGAAACCUGCCCAAAACAACAGUGAGACCCCUCUCUUAAAAAAAAUAGCUGGGCAUUGUAGCAGUUGCCUGUAGUCCCAGCAACCUGAGAUGCUGAAGCAAGAGGAUCACUUGAGCCCAAGAGUUUGAGAUUGUGAGCGAUCAUGGCACGGUACUCUACCCAGGGUGACUGAGUGAGACUCUGUCUCAAAAAAAGAAAAAAGGCAUUUAUCUCAGAAUUCAUUCUGGAGAGAAACCUUACAAGUGUAAUGAUUGUGGCAAUGUCUUCAGUUUAAAAUUAUACCUUAGAAGUCAUCAAAGAUUCCACACAAGAGAGAACUCUUACAAAUGUAAUGAGUGUGGUAAGGUUGUUAGUCAUAUCUCAUGCCUUGCACAGCAUCAGAAUUAAUUUGUAAGAGAUUCUGUAGACUCCCCGAGGGUGACAACUCUUCAUCAUGAGUUCCAUCAUCAAUGAGGAUCACAGAGUCCAUACUAAAGAGAAAUCAAAUGCAGUGUAUGUGGCUAUGACUUUGUCCAGGCCUGACCACUCCUCACUACACAUCUAAAUGUAUAUCUCCCACAAAGCCACGCAAAUGAAAUGUUUGUCAUGUGACUAAUACCCAAGGACCAUUACUGUGGAAUAUCAGAGAGUUUGCACAAGAAAUAGUCUGGCUCGGUGCCCAUAGCACAGUGGUUACGGCACUGGCCACAUGCACCAAGGCUGGUGGGUUUGAACCCAGCCCAGGCCUGCUAAACAAUAAUGACAACCACAACCAAAAAAUAGCCAUGUGUUGUGACAAGUGCCUGUAGUCCCAGCUACUUGGGAGGCUGAGGCAAGAGAAUCGCCUAAGCCCAAGAGUCUGAGGUUGCUGUAAGCUGUGACGCCACAGCACUCUACCAAGGGUGACAUAGUGAGAUUCUAUCUCAAAAAAAAAAAAGGGAAUAAAUCAGUCUCUAGUUCUCUAGUAUCUAAUGUCUGAUUUACAUGGUGGAGAGUAACUGUAAAUCAAAAUACAUUGACCCUUAUGACAUGGUACGUGUCAAACUUAGAAGGACAUAAGGACAUGGUCAGUCAUAUUGAGUCACCUUUUUUGUUGUUGCUACAGAGUCUCACCCUAUGCACCAAGCAGAGUACACUGAUUUAAUCAUAGCUGGCUACAAACUGAAACUUGGGCUUUCGUCAUCCUGCUGCCUCAGUCUCCCAAGUCUCUGGGAUUACAGGUGCUCACUACAGCAUCUAGCUGACUUUUUAUCAAGUCAGGAGUCUCACUCUCACUGAGACA